AAUUCUCAUAUCCCUGACUCUUGAAUGAAGAAACUACAAGCUGUUUCUCACAUUUCAGCUCACAUUUAAAAUAUAAAAAUGGAUAGGUUAAUGAGAUUAGGAGCGGGUGGGGGACUUCAGGGAUUUGGACAACAACCCCAGUCUGAUGCUCCCAUGGUUGACACAGCAGAACAAGUUUAUAUUUCAUCGUUAGCUUUAUUAAAGAUGUUGAAACAUGGCAGGGCUGGCGUACCAAUGGAAGUCAUGGGUUUGAUGCUCGGAGAAUUUGUUGAUGAUUAUACGGUCAGAGUGAUUGAUGUGUUUGCAAUGCCUCAGUCUGGCACUGGAGUCAGUGUUGAAGCUGUGGAUCCGGUGUUUCAAGCCAAGAUGUUGGACAUGCUGAAACAGACUGGAAGGCCUGAAAUGGUGGUAGGUUGGUACCAUUCCCAUCCUGGCUUCGGUUGCUGGCUAUCUGGUGUGGAUAUCAACACCCAACAAAGUUUCGAAGCGUUGUCCGAACGAGCUGUUGCCGUCGUGGUCGAUCCGAUUCAGAGCGUUAAAGGAAAGGUUGUCAUCGAUGCUUUCCGACUGAUCAACCCCAACAUGAUGGUCUUGGGCCACGAACCUCGGCAGACAACGUCUAACCUUGGACAUUUACAGAAGCCUUCCAUACAGGCUUUGAUUCACGGUUUGAACAGACAUUACUACUCGAUUGCCAUCAACUACAGAAAGAAUGAACUUGAACAGAAAAUGCUGCUUAACCUGCAUAAAAGAAGUUGGAUCGAUGGCCUGACUUUGACAGAUUACAGCGAGCAUUGUAAAGUGAAUGAAGAUACCGUCACUAAUAUGCUGCAGUUGGCCAAAAAUUAUAAAAAGGCUCUCGAAGAAGAAGAAAAGAUGACGCCGGAACAACUUGCGAUAAAAAAUGUUGGAAAACAAGAUCCAAAACGUCAUUUGGAAGAAAAAGUCGAUACUUUGAUGACAAAUAACAUAACGCAGUGCCUCGGAGCCAUGAUUGAUACUGUUGUCUUUAAAUAAACCACUUGAUAGCGCUGUCAACAUUUUUGUACCCUCGAAUUAUAAAAAUAUUAAAUGGCACCGAGAAGCUUAAACUUUCUGCACAUUGAACAUUCAAAUGAUGUCUGUCACAGUUCCCUCUGUUUAGUUUUCAAAAACCAAAUAUUUAGAUGGCCACUUGGUGGCAGCCCAACAUCGUUUUUAUUAAUAUUUAUUCAUCCACAACCCUCUUACCAAAUUGCAACAGCCCCGUGCAGCUCAGUGUGGGUGUUGUAGUUUGAUAUUCAGUACACUGGUUUUAAUACAAGAGAGCAAUGCUCCUAUUCGAUAAAUACAAACCAGUCUUUGCCACCCUGUGUGUAAGAGAAUGUGAAGGUUAAGGAUGUCAGUAUUUACCAAACUAUUCUAGAAUAACACAGAAAAAAUCAUUUCGCAACCUUCUGAAUUGUGAUUAACUGAAUUGGAAAAACCGAUUUGAAUACAACGCUAAACAGAGACGAUAAGGACAUCCUUAUCCAAGAUCAUAUAUCGGGUUUCCCUGAAAAUAAGACUUUCAAUUUUCUUUCGAAACAUAACACUAGAACUUAUUUUUGGGGGAUGUCUUUGUUUUUAAUUUAUCAAAAUUACAAAGUAGAGAAUUACAAAAUUUCCAGUUAUACAAAAUAUGAAAACUGAUAUCCAUUUACUUAAAUAACCCGUUUUCCCCUCUCACACGUUUUAAAUUAAUCAUUUAAAAUGUGUAGAAGAGAUUUCUUGCUAUCAACUAGGUCAAAAAAAAAAAUCGCGCUAUUGAUAAGGUCUUUAUUUAUUUAUGAAAAUCAUUCUCAAAAUUCAGGCUAGGUCCUAUUUUCGGUGAAACACUGUAAAAUUG